AUGGCGUCUGCUCAUAUGAACAGCAGCAGCAUUAAUAACUUUGGAAACUUCACAUUUGGAGAUAGCGAAUGCAGAGGGAGACUCACUGAGCUCUUCACCAAAGUGGCCAUUAAUGUCUUGGGUUUCUUCAUCGUUGCUGGUCUUUGUAAUGCUGUUCACUUCAUUUUGAAGCCACUUUCACAGCCCAGGAUCACCUCUGACACUUUUGUUGGUUUGCUAAUUGGAAACUUGGGGUUUGUACAUAGAGCAAUAAACUACUCAACAGCAAAAACACUAAGAUUCAUAAUAGAUUUUGGAAUGAUCUGCUACAUGCUUGUAUUGGGUAUAGAAAUGGACCCCUAUGCACUCUUCAGAGCACCAACAAAAGAUGCCAAAGUAGCCUAUGCAGGAUUGUUCUCAACCUUCAUCCUAUCAUGUGCUGUAAUCCCAUUCAUGCAUUACACAGGCCAGUUUGAGGUAGCCUUCACACUCUCCCUCUCCACCGCCCUCUCGAGCACGGCCUCGCCUGUCCUGACACGCCUCAUAACGAGCCUCAAAAUAGGCAAAUCAGACAUAGGAAGGCUUGUCAUUGGUGCUGGAAUGCACUCAGAUUUCAUAACCACUCUUGUUAUCUCCCUUGGCUACAUCAUUUACCCAGUUCAUAAAGACGAUGAUGAUGAGCUAAGUCCUGCUACAUUUUCGCAACUUAAAACCGCUAUACAGAUGGGUUUUGCAUUGUUGUUUCAGACAAUUGUUGCAGCCACUUUGUCACCAAUUUUCAUGAAUUGGGUCAACAAUGAAAAUCCAGAAGGUAAGCCUUUGAAAGGGUCACAUUUGGUGCUCUCUGUUGCUUUCAUGACCUUGAUAUGUUGUUGCUCUCCUGUGUAUGGAUAUAGUCCUAUUCUGAGUGCUUUCAUGGCUGGAAUAUUUUUGCCAAGAGAAGGGAGGGUGUCCAAGUGGGUGGUUAGCAAGAUUAAUUACUUGUUGACUACUAUUUUUUACCCAAUUUUUUUCUUUUGGAUGGGGUUUGAGGCUAAGUUGGGGGAUUUUGAAGCUGGUCAUUUGAUGACUUGGGCAAGGUUGUUUGUGCUCUUUGGUAUAGCUACUAUUGGGAAAGUUUCAGGAACAAUCAUCUCUGGUGCUAUGUUGGGAUUCAACUGGCCUGAGUCUGUUGCACUUGGCUUGCUUUUGACCACUAAAGGCCAUUUCCACAUUUACUUGGCUAUUGCUGCAAAAACAGCUGGAACAACAUCUACCACAACCACAAUAGUAAUGAUAAUAGCAGUCUUUUUCACAGUAGUCCAUGCACCAUCAGUAGUGGCGCAAAUCAUCAAACGCGCCAGAAAGCGCGCACCAACUCACCGAAUGGCGCUUCAAUUGCUCGAUCCUUCAAACGAAUUGAGAAUCUUGUUGUGCCUUCAUGGGCCUCAAAAUGUGCCUAGUACCAUAAACUUCAUGGAGAUAUCUCGGGGCGCGGCUGAUCCUGGAAUUGUGGUGUAUGUCACAGACAUGAUUGAGCUCACAAAUGAAAUAUCAGCCACAUUAGUGAAAGGUGAUGGACCAGACACAGUGACUGUGACUGAUGCAGGAGUGGUUGAGAAGAGAAAUCAAGUCACUGCAGCGGUUGAGGCUUAUGUCAACGAAAAUGGCGAUGGUAUCACGCUUAGACGAAUGCUUGCACUCUCUACAUUCAGUGGUUUGCCCCAAGAUGUCUGCAUUUUGGCAGAGGACUUAAUGGUUGCUCUCAUCAUAUUGCCAUUUCAUAAGACUUUGCGCGCUGAUGGAACACUAGAUGGUGGCAAUUCUGGUUUUCGAUAUGUGAAUCGCAAGGUGCUGAGGAGUGCAUCAUGCUCAGUGGGGAUUCUAGUUGACAGAGGUUUCGGAUUACAUGAAAAAAUGUCAAAACCUUAUGUGACUCUCAAUGUGGCUGUCAUCUUCAUUGGAGGGAAAGAUGAUAGGGAGGCAUUGGCCUAUGCUAGCCGAGUAGCGCGCCAUCCAGGAGUGAAACUCACAGUGAUAAGAUUCUUAGUCGACGCCAAUUCAGAAAACUCAAUGAGAAGAACCGGAAACUACAGAAUCAACAUUGAUGAGCAGCAAGAAGAAACCAAACUCGAUGAUGAGUGCUUUGCUGACUUCUACGAAAGGUGUGUUGGGGGCGGUCAUGUUGCGUACAUGGAGAAACAUCUCGCGAAUUCAGCCGAGACAUACUCAACUUUGAGAUCAUUCGAAGGGCAGUACUCACUCAUCAUUGUGGGGAGAGGUGGAAGAGUGAACUCUGUGUUGACAUUUGGGAUGAAUGAUUGGCAACAAUGCCCCGAAUUAGGCCCCAUUGGAGAUGUUCUUUCGGGGUCUGAUUUCUCAGCUACAACUUCAGUUCUAAUCAUCCAACAACAUAACAUAAGAGGGGAAUUAGAUGGUCUUGAUGAUGACUUCUCCAUCAUGUAA